AUGGAAAUCCAUCAGCGUGACUCGUCAAGACACAAACCAGGCGUGACGGAGUCUCCACCCUCCACCGGAAUGGUGACUGCUUUGACCCAGGCCGCGGCCGCUACCACGCCAAAGCAUGAGGCGAAGCAGAAGCAGACCCGCGAGGCUGUUAUCUACGUGUUAGGCCUGGGCAUGACAUCUAUGAGUAUCGAGGACCAGGCGCCUGAUGGGACGGCUUUCCGACGGAUCGAGGGCGGUGGUGUCUCGGUACCACCUAAAACUACAACCGCCAAGGGCAAAACUGCUGAUGAAAAGCAAGCGGCACAGCCAGCGAAGAAAGAGAAGAAGAAGAAGAAGAAGAAGAAGAAGGACACUGGACGUGAGGUUGCGAGUGGCUCUCGUGGUGUUGCGGCAUCUGCUGCUUGGUAUGACCGGAGUCCGUCGAGCUAUGAUAUGUUUGACGAAGAUCAGAACUGGGGUCUGUGCGAUAAGGACUGCGGUUGGUGCGGACACUGCAUGGAUGGGCUCGAUAUAUGA